AUGGCUUCUCGCAUUGAAGGACGGCCACGACAAGCCUUGAUGUUCUUAUGGAGGCAGAUGCGACAUGCGAGCACAGAAGGUCCAUUUCUAUACCGCUACAAGGCCAAGCGGAUCACUUGGAGGAAAAGGCACUACAAUGAGGUUCUCAUCAUGGCUGACCGCAGAAAGCUUCUGGAGACGCUUCAGGACAUCAUCGAUUUCCGUGGCAAGGAGUUUCCGACAGCUUUCUGGGAAGUCUUGGCAAAGAGGUGCUUGAAGUCGAUGCAUCUAUUCGAGCCAUUGGAGUUAAGUAUCCUGGCCCGUGCCUUCGAUCGGCCAGACAUGGCAGGUUCCCGGAGAGAUGUUUUUGGGCCCAUGGCUGCGCAGGUCUUGGCAAGCAGACAUGUGGUCCCCGGUCCAGCAGUGACUGUGUUUGCCAAGAUCUUGCCGCGCCGCUUGAAGGAGGACAACGCCCGAGACCUUCUGAAAUUCUUGGCCAGGCGUGCAGCGGAAGUGAUGUGGGAGAUUCCGAUGCACAACGCUGUUGCCUUGCUCGAGGAACUUUCAAAAGCUGGUGAGCAAGAUUCUGCUUUGUGCCGACGGGUUGCUGCGAAGAUUGGAGCCCUCUUGCCAUCCGAGUACUACUUCAUCGAGCAGAAUGAUGCCGCGCUGCCUGGAAGAGCUGCUCUUGCCUUUGCAGCACAAGGCCACCGGAAUUUACUCCUUUUCCAGCACCUUGCUGAUGUGGCGUUGAAGCACCUCCAAGGUUCACAACCUGCAAUUGAUUCUGUACAGUCUGCACAGAAAGUCUUGGACAGCAUGGAGCAAUUAGACAUCGAGACUCAUGAGGCAUCGUCAUUGCGAUCUGCUUUGGAGGUUUCCUCUCGCUGUCGGAUUCCGUUUCAAUGCCGAUAUUGGGUCCCCUGCCUCACCCAAGACAACGGACAACAAGGUGGGUGGAUGCGCAAAUGA